AUGCCCCCCUCCGUGAUCCGCGCCUUCGGGCACCUCAAAGGCGCCGCCGCGGCCGUCAACGCCGCCAACGGCGUCCUGGCCCCGCACCUCGCGACCGCGAUCCAAACCGCCGCGGACGAAGUCGCCUCCCUCCAGCUGCUGGAGCACUUCCCGCUCGUGAUCUGGCAGACGGGCUCGGGCACGCAGACCAACAUGAACGCCAACGAGGUCAUCUCCAACCGGGCCAACGAGAUCUUGGGCGUCAAGGAGAGAGGGGCCAAGAAGCCGGUGCAUCCGAACGAUCAUGUGAAUCGGAGUGGGAGCUCGAAUGAUGGGAUGGCGACGGCAAUGCAUAUCGCGGCGGUGCUGGAGUUUGAGGAGCUGUUACUACCCGCUUUGGAGAGCUUGGAGGGGUGCAUGAGGAGGAAGAGUGGGGAGUUUGAGGGGAUUGUGAAGGUGGGGAGGACGCAUUUGCAGGAUGCGGUGCCGUUGAGUCUGGGGCAGGAGUUUUCCGGGUUUGCGGCGCAGUUGGAGCUGGGGAGGGAGAGAGUGGUGCAUGCGCUGGAGGGGCUGAGGUAUCUGGCUAUGGGGGGCACGGCCGUGGGAACCGGCUUGAACGUGUUCAAGGGGUUUGAUGAGCAGUUCUGCGAGGAGGUGGGCAGGCGCACGGGGAAGAAGUUCUAUGUCGCAAGGAAUAAGUUUGAGGCCAUCAGUGCGAAUGACGCGGUGGUGCAUGCGUCAGGCGCGUUAAACACGCUGGCGUGUUCGCUAUUCAAGAUUGCUCAAGAUAUCAGACUCGAAGGGAGUGGCCCGAGAUGUGGGCUGGGGGAGUUGUUGCUGCCGGAAAAUGAGCCAGGGAGCUCGUACAUGCCUGGCAAGGUGAACCCGACGCAGUGUGAAGCGCUGACGAUGAUCUGUGCAAAGGUCGUGGCUAACCAUACGGGCAUCACAGUGGGGGGAUUGAGUGGUCAGUUCCAGCUAAACGCUUUCAAACCGCUGUUGAUAUCGAGCUUGCUGCAUUCGGUGAGGUUGCUCGCGGACGGCAUGGGGAGCUUUGAGAAGAACUGCUUGCAGGGUUUGAGGGCGGACGAGAAGAGGAUUAGACAGCUGAUGGACAACAAUCUGAUGCUGGUGACAUGUUUGAGCGGUACUUUGGGCUACGAUCUUAGUGGGAAGAUUGCGAAGCAUGCUCGGUGA